AUGGGCCUGUUCUCCUGGAUCCGCCCUAGUGGCCGCAUCUCAUACUAUCAUGCGAAAGAUAACAAUCUUCUGCUAGCCAAGAAAUCGGCAAAGCCAGGGUCCAAGGAGCAAGUGACGCUGGUGGACCUCUGUCACACUGCGACCCCGGAAUCAUGCCAGCUGAACCCAUUUCUUUACAACGGCCACCUCCAGACUGCCUGGACAACGGUGGUCUUUGACAGUGUGCCGGUGUACUACAAGCGCUGGAUGUUUGAGGCCGACAACCCGGUGUUUGCCGGUCAUUUUGCGAUCGAUUUCGUGGUAGAUCCAUAUGAGCCGCCUAGCGACGCCCAUGCGACUGAUAGCGAGAGGAAGUAUACCCAGCCAUCAGGGCUUCCCGAACGGACCGCGUUCUUUUCAGAGGACGAAUAUGCUGCGCUUCCCUCGGAUGAUACAAAACCUAUGCUUGUGGUCCUCCAUGGCCUGAGCGGUGGAUCACAUGAGCUCUACCUGCGCCAUGUGAUUGCGCCUCUUAUCAAGGAUCAGACCUGGGAGGCGUGCGUCGUCAACUCCAGAGGAUGUGCCCAAUCCAAGAUCACAACGGGGGUCCUCUACAAUGCCCGUGCCACAUGGGAUAUUCGUCAAGCCGUCAAGUGGCUACGGAAGACAUUUCCGAACCGGCCUCUGUUUGGCAUUGGCUUCUCACUCGGCGCGAAUAUUAUGGCUAAUUACUUGGGUGAGGAAGGCGAUGCCUGCGAGUUAACAGCAGCAGUACUCUGUGCCAGCCCUUGGAACCUGGAGAUUGGCUCGCUGAACUUGCAAAACACCUUCACCGGUCGCCAGUAUAGUAAAGUAAUGGGUACGAGCAUGAAGGCAUUGUUCGAACGGCAUGUUGAACAGGUUUCCAAGAACCCACGAAUCGAUGUGGAGGGAAUCAGGAACGUCACUUACUUGCACGAAUUCGAUCGAGCUUUGCAAUGUGCCACAUGGGGGUACCCUACCGAGGGUGCCUAUUAUCGUGAUGCUACUUCUACCGAUGCUAUGCUCAACAUCAAGAUUCCCUUCUUCGUUAUCCAGGCCGAAGACGACCCGAUUGCCGUUGCUUCAGCACUUCCAUAUCAGGAGAUGACCAAAACCCCAUACGGUGUCAUGAUGACUACCUCCUGGGGUGGUCAUCUUGGUUGGUUUGAGCUUGGCGGUGAGAGGUGGUUUGUGAAGCCGGUGCUAAAUUUCCUGAAUCUUAUGGCGAAGGAAGUUGACCUCAGCGUUCCUUUCAAGGUCGAGGACCCCGAAAACGUCCCCGGUCGAAUUGCCCACCAUGCAGGUCCAGACAAGGACCAAGACACGGCCCCGAAGCCGGAUUUCAACCCUACGCUACGCAAGCUCGUCAUGCAGCUCAAGCGGUAG